GUCGCGUGCCGCGGUGACGUCACACUCAGGGCGCCGGCGGCCGCGGGUUCCUCCCCGCUGGCGACACCCAGCGCCGGGCGUGGGGAGGGGGCGGCGGAGGGCCCGGGCGUUGCGGCGGGGCCGCGGCGGGGGUAUAUGGCGGUGACUCUGUCCGGCCUGGCUGCCAGGCUCUCUCAGUCGGCCGCGGCCAGGUCGUACGGUGUGUUCUGCAAGGGGCUGACCAGAACCCUCCUCAUCUUCUUCGACCUGGCCUGGAAGCUCCGCAUCAACUUCCCGUACCUCUACAUCGUCGCCUCCAUGAUGCUCAACGUGCGGCUGCAGGUCCAUAUUGAGAUCCACUGAUUUGUCACUUGUGCUGCUUGCACUGUUUGCUGCAACUGGAGUCAGUCGUGUUCUUCUUCAAGCACAUUCUGCUGUGAAACAGCAAAGCUAUGCUUGUCUUCUAUAGGAAUAUGAAGAAAGAAUAUUUAAACCUGGAAAGAGUUUGUGAUGGUGGCCAAGAUCAUCACAAGGCAGCAGAUCACCUGGCACGCAUACAUUCCGUAUUGAACAACUCUCAAAAUCAUAGUAGCAGUUUACAAGAAUUAUUAUUUUAUUUUAACAUCAGGAAUUGUUCUCUCUUUCAUAAUAUACCUCCGCCUUAUGUUGGCUCAGAAAUGCCUUUGAGUUUGAGCCCGUCAGCAGGGAGGAACUCAAAUGUAGCAGCUUUGUGGAAAGAUUCAUUGUGUCUUUGUUUUUCUGGGAAAGACAGCCUUGAUGGGGUUUCUCGCUGCAUUAAUAGCAUUUCAGUAAUGGGCUGGCUGGAGAAAGCUUGUAGUUUUGCUGGAGACUUUAGCUCAUGCUGCCCAGGAGACAACACUGUCUAUUUUGCACACACAUGGCUGGGAAAGUUGCAGUGUAAUCAAGAACUGCAGUUUCUGGGAUUAGAAGCGAGCAGCAUCAUAGAGAAUGAAUUGCAGCUUGCACUUCCUGAAGAGCUGGAGUUGGGUGGACUUCCUGAUCUCUGUUCUGUUCCAGUUGCCUCACUGAAUGGUUUUACAAUGGGACUCUUAAACAACCGUAUUUAUCACCUAAACCUUGUUACUUCAGAGCAAACACUUGGAUAUAAGAAAAUGCUUUCAGAUGUACUAUAUGUGACUAACAGUUUUCACAUCAUACAGCUAGUAAUGUCUGCGCUAGCUUUUGCACUAGCAGGUCUCUGGUAUGAAGUAGUGAAGGUAAAAGUGUACUAAAAUUUUAAUAAUGAUGAUUUUAAACAUUCAUAGAAACUUGAUCUAGAGACAGAGACAAGGUUACAGUUCAGGUUUUAGUGAUAAGUAGAUAGCUAAAGUAAAAAUUGCAUUUGUGUAAUUGCUAGUAAAACUGGCUGUUGGGAAUAAUAGGGACUUUUUUUUUAGUACAGAAUAUCUGCCUUUGAGUGGAAAGAACUUCUUAAUCUCAACACUUUUUGGGACACCUCAGGUCUCCCAUUAACAUGAGAGUAGAACUUGGCUGGACUGUUUAGCACAGAUCUUUUGUUUUCUUAAGAUUUUGUAUUUGCUGAGUACUGUGGCUACUGUUUACAACCAUUUCCAAUGAAGCUACUGCUUAUAGAACUGAAUUCCCAGCAUGAAACCAGCUCUAAGGUGUCAGCCCUUAAAACACUUUGAAUAGGAAAGCCACUGGGGUUUUCAGUACAGCACAGUCCUCUGCAGUGGUCCUUUUCAAGGGUGUAACUGCUCCAAAUGGUACAGGAAUUUAUUAGCUUCAUUGGGCUACAAUAGGCACUAUAAAUAAUUUCUAACAAAAAUUCCUUGAAACAGCAAUUGUUAUCACUGAAGCAUAAGUAAUCAUUUCUGGGCCUGCUGACUUUGGCACAGACCUCUGAUAACAGGAUUCAGCAAAGAAUGGAGAAAGCAUGUUGAAAUCAAUACAGCUGCUUCUGAAUAAGAAAUUGUAAAAUAUGUUCCCAUGGUCACGUCAGUGGAGAAACUCAUUGUCUAGUAGGUCAGAGUUUGAACUUUGUGUCCAAAAUUUUCAACUAAGGGAGUUAGUUAUAGGUAGGCUCAAUGCGCUCUGUGGACCUCCCUGAAGAAGGAGGUCCUGAUGUGGUGGGUUAGCAUGUGUCUUCAGCUAACUCCUGACUGAGUCACAAGUGAGGAUUUAAUGGGGACUAAACUCAUGCCAGUGACUGACACACUAAGUGUCACUUUUGCUAUCUAGCUUACUUCACUUUAAAGCAGAUGUGUUAUUUAGUUUGAACUGUAUUCAUCUGAAAAGCUAGGGGUGUUUCUAAUGUUUAUUUUUUUUUAAGCACACCAGCAUAGAAAAGCCUUUGACUAUGAAGAUGAGAUGCUGGUUUGCAGUGUGAUAGGGAGCCAUGCUGGAGGACUAUUUUUUUCUAACCGUACUUCAGUGCUGAAAGUCAGGUAUACUAAUUCCUGUGUUAGAUGGUGUGCUGUGUUUUUAUUAUCCCAACUGGCUGUUUAUUUCUUCUGGAUGUUGGAAGAAGUAAAAAGCCAUUUGCUUUAAUUUAGAAAAUAACCUUUUCCCUAGUGUGUACUUUUAAUUGUUAAACUUCUAGAUGUUUGGCUAUGACUUCCAGUCUCAAAAUUACCAGAAACUUUAAAAUAACAAUGGAUUGUGUACUGUAAGUAAAUAUCUUGACAGCAGUAGUUUCCUUCUUGUCAAACAACUCAUCCUAUUCACUCCCAUCUCCACUGCUGCAGUUUUUCACCCUUGCAGUGGUAGUACUUCAAGUGUUUAUGAAUCAAGACUGCUUAAGUAAAUGUGGAUCUAAAACCCCAGAACAUAAGGAGCAAAGACACUUUACUCCAAAAGGUUGUGGCUUAUUUGAGUGAUGAUGUUAACAGUUAUCGGUAUACAAAUUAACCCUAAAAACAGCUGGCAGAGCUGUGAGUGAAGGAAUGAAGAUGGGGAGUGGAGCUGGAGCUUGUUAAAGCUGGCUUGAUUACUUAAAAAAAUAAGAAUUGUGCAACUACAACUUGAUCUCUGUAAGUAGCUAAACUGGUAAAGAAAUUCUCUCUUCCUGUUCGGUGGGCUUCUUUCUUUGUUUUUGUGAAGUUGUACCCAAACACAGUCCAUAACAGAUUGCUCGAACUUCAUAUUAGAGAAUCUACAGCCUGGAAGAUUCCCUUCCCUGUUGUACAUCAUUUGGGAACUAUGUAUUUUUGGGAACCAGAGUUACAUAAAACAAAAGUUUCUUAGUAUUGUAACGUUAAUAGGCAAGAGGAAUAGCUAAAGGCGUAACAUUACUAAUCCAGUUUUUAACUGGUCUACUAUUAAUGAUCUUUUUUUUUUUUUUUAAAUAAAAAAGGAAAACUGAGGGAAGCCGCUGGUAAAUUUAAGUGUGUGUACAGUGGAGUGCCAAGGGCUGCCUCAUUACUGCUCAGCCUGUGCAGGAGGAAUCCUGAACCAUUAUAUAUAUCACAGUCCAGACAAUAUAGUCCUGUUUUAAGCAAAACUUGCAUUGAGUGGCCUUCAAUUCCUUGUUACCGGAUCACUUUAAAUACAGACACAAUGUGGAUAAGUGAUAUGAUGGGUUUUUGUGUAUUAUAUGUAUAUUGAACAUAAAAUUUAAAGAAUGUCUUGUGGAUUUAAUUCAUUUUUAAGAUAGGUUAUAGUACUUUGUCUUGGAUUUUAUUGCUUAAGGCCUAAAAGGUGACUUUCUAACUUGAAACAUUCCUUCUGAAAUUCAAAUAAAGGAUACUUGUUAAGCUAAAAUCUCACAUAAUAUACUGCACUUUAAGCUUGGGAAGGCCAUAAAUGGAAAGCACUAUUCUUGCACUAAUAGAACUGUUUAACUGGUGGAGACAACGCUCAAAUUGAUUUUUUUUUUCCCCUUUCUCUAGGGGAAGAAUUGUAAGCCAAAAUGAUAUCCAUCCUUUGCAACUAUAUCUAAAUAAAACACAGUGUGUGGUUUAGGCCACUGUUCUCUCCACAAAUGUUUUGAUAUUAACUCAUCUCAAAAGAUGGAAAAUGUCUCGGCUAAGAACCAGGUUUGCAUGGAGUUUUAUGGCCUCAAAAAGUCAUAUGUGGAAACUGCUUUUCUGAAUCAGUGUGCUGUAAGGGUUGUUUUGGGAUUAUUAUAGUACAGAAAAAUAAGUUUUAAAAGGGGCAGGGGAUCUUUAAACUGAACCAGGAGUUGCCUUUUUACUUCCAGUUCUUCUCACAUCUUGCUAGUCUGUUGCUGCUGAAAAGGAGUAUUUCUACUGAACAACUCUUGUUUUUCAGAAGUUCACUGAUCAGUCUCCAGAUCCCUCCUGCACUACAUAACAAGGAGUUCUUUCUGCCAUUAGAAGACAAAUUAAGAAAAUAUUAAGCAUUUAGAUAAUUGCCUAAUACUUUCCCACAAACAUAUGCUUAAUGGAAGUUUACUAUAUGGUGUACUGCUUAAAAACUGAAAAUACACUUCUUAAAUGUGUGUGCACAAAGCUCUGCAUGUGGGCAAAAAAUGUAUUAUCACAGUAUGAUGUUGGAAUGCUCGUGUAAACUACUAUUUACUUUCUGGCAUUACAAUGCAAAAUGAAGUAGAAGUGGUGUUGUAAUUCUCAGUGUGGUAAUAGCUAGUGCAAUCUUAGGAAUCAUUUGUGUGCAUCAUCUUGCACCAUGAGACAGUUUUAACUGUAGAUAGUUUUUAGCCUUUUGCUUUUUCAGUGUUAUUGGUUUUUUUUUUUAAGACUUUAAAGACUGCACUUUCUUAAACUUUGCCAAAGUUUGCCUUUUUUCUCUUCCCUUGCCCCCUCCUUAAGUGCGUGUGUGUGUGUGUGUGUGUGUAUACAUAUGCUAGAAGUAUACAUUCUUUUAAUUUUUGGAAGAAGUAAGUCUGUCCCUACUUUCCUAAUGUGUCAGCUUAUUGUCAAGUUUUUGUUUUUCUUUUAAUUAUAGCCCGGUCCUACCUGUUACUGCCUUCUCCCUUCCCAUAAACUCUAGUGUAAGCAUAUGCUGAAAUUGUGUUCCUUUUCAGAAACACUCUCCUGUAAUCAAUUAUGAAUUAUCAAUUGGAAGAAACUGUGUCGAGAUUUAAGUAUCCACAUGGUGACUAGGGUGUGUGACGAGCGGUGGAUCUGGCAGAGCAAUAGGGAGUCAGCAUGAUGUUUUCCUGCUUUAUCCCUUCAAAGCAAGAUGUAUUACCUCUGUCAGAUGAGAACUGCAGCUGCAAUUCAGGGCUCAUCAAAUACACUGCAGCUGAUGUUCAAAAAAAAGCAAUGAUUCUAGCUUCAAGACUGAUUUUUUUUUUUUAAGUCAAUAGUACAUGGUUCAGAAAAAAGCUUGCAUGAGGUUUUAAAGUUUAAAGAGUAGAUUCAAGUGUGUAUUACAAAAUGCAUCCUGAUGCUUCUUUCUGUGAUGCACAGUCUAACUAGAGGGGAACAAAAGGAACUUUUUAGGAUUGUUUUAAAUACUUGUGAUGAAUCUCCUCUUGAUAUCUCAAACUACAAAGCCUCUUUGAGGCUCAGCCGCAGUGAAGAGCUGCUCUUGACAGAACUUUCAAAUAAACAACUUGUUUAUGAAAAUAUUAAUAUUUAUGAUUAACUCAUACUGAAUACAAGGACACAGAUAAACUAUCUGCUGACAGUUGUUGGGAAAAUAAAUAAUAUGGAAGUGUUAGAAUGAUGCUAUCCUCCUUUACUACCCUGCAUUAAGUAAACCCUUGUAAAUUGAAAUUAAUUCUGUAUUGCAUCUCAGUGAUGUUAGCCUCUUUGGAAUUGGUCAUGCAAUCAAUUAAGCAGUUACUUCAUUGGUAAUGGUGAUUGAAAACUACAACAUUAAAAAAAAAAAAGGCCUGAAGGGCUUCAAUGAAGAAUAUCUGACUUGAAAUGAUUCUGGAUAUUUCUGUGAUCUCACAAUAGUUAGUCUGCUUAGAAAAUCUUCCUUCUUUAUGGAAGAUCCACAUAGUUAGAAUCUGAUGCCCAAAAUGGUUAAAAAUCAAUCUUCUACAAGUAGCAGCAUUCUUUGAUCUUUUGGUUGGAGUCAGUUUCACCUACCAAAUACAAAAUACCUGAGAGUAAUAAGUUUUUGCUCUUAUAAGUAGGUAAAUCUGAUGCGUAGUGCCUGAUUCAUCAGUUGAUGAGUGUUCCCUGAACUUUCUUGACAAUGGGUUCUGCUCCCCGCCGGUGACUAGCACUAAUGGUAAAUGCUGGCACUGUAAUACUUCCUGCAAACUGUGAUGCUACCCAUGCAAAACAAUUUUAGUCAAUGGUCUUUGGCCUAUCUUUUUCAGCAUGGGAGAUAGAGAAGGUUGGCACAAACCAUUUUUAUGUGUGUUCCAGAGAAAAAUGUUUACAACUUUGUAUGUAUUUUAGAAAUCUAACACUUACUAACUUCUGAGUUUCACAGUAAGCUUGAACUCUGCUGUCCUACUGCAAUAAGUACCGACAUCUGACUAUUAGAGAGUGCUGUCUAAGCUUCCAGAAGCUGACUGUGAUGCUGCUCACUUAUACCACAGGAGGGAGUUGAACAUCAGUCUUUCCAAUAUUUUCAGUUACGGCAUUGUUUUAUCUUAGUACAGUGCAUUUCAAUUUAUAAAUAUGCUGAUUUGACUAGUCUUAUGGAUUGUCACUGCAAAUAGUUCAAUGUACAAAAUUAAUACACAGUGAUAACUUAAUGUAAAUGUUUACAUUUUAACUCUGAAUACCAAUUGUGGGUUUUAUCAAGCUAUUUAAAAUCAGAAAUAAAUGUCUUUAAAGAAAGGAUCUUUUGUCUGUACUCAACGAAAGAACUAGUUGUGCUGCUGCUCAUUCCAAUUUUGCAGUCUAUAUAUCACAUAGAUGUACAUGUAACUUAAGAGCUCCUGUUUCUGACAAUAUAGAGGGUUUUUUUUGUUUGUUUUGUCUUAGAGACAUGAUUUGAGAGGUGUGUGUUCAUCAUAUAGCAAACAAAUUAAAAACCUUUGUGAGA